AUGAAAGGUCUUCAAUCAAUCAUCCUGAGUACAGUGUCGCUGGCGGCUGUUGUAGUUGCAUCGCCUCCGCUGCCAUCAUACAAUGCUCCUCGCGCUGGGCCGAAAUUUGUGACCUCUGAAAACCUUCAGAGGGACAUCAGUGAACAGGCAUUGAUGAAAAAUCUUGAAAACUUGCAAAAGAUUGCGGAUCGCAACAAUGGCAAUCGAGCUUUUGGCCUAUCCGGUUAUGCCGAAUCGGUGGACUUUAUUAAAGACCGCUUAGAGAAGCACACUGCAACCUCAACGUAUUAUGUCCAAGACUUCCCUGGACUAUUCAGCAUCGUUGAGUCCAUUGACUUCACCGUCAGCAAUGUGAGCUACCAUGUCUUUGGAUUGACAUACUCACCAUCCACCUCGGCUGCUGGUCUCACUCUACCACUUGUUCUUGGGCCGACAGGUGCUCCAGGUUGUACUGUCGAGGGUUACGCUGGUUUUAAUGUGACUGGAAAAAUUGUCCUAGUCGAGCGUGGUACCUGCCCUACUGGAGGAACUCUCGCUGGCCGUAUCCGUCCUGCAGCUGCUGCGGGUGCUGCUGCCGUUAUUAUCUAUAACAACGUGAAUGCUCAUACUACUGCCGGUACACUUUCAGCGCCUGAUCCAGACCACUUCGUUCCUGGUGGGUUUAUCGACCGCGUAGAUGGUCUGCCGUUGGUCGCGAGAAUUACUGCUGGGGAGACAAUCACAGCUCACUUCCAACAGACUCAAAUAGUUGAGACCAGAAUCUCUCAGAAUGUCAUUGCCGAAACUAAAGGUGGCGAUCCCAAAAAUGUCCUUAUGCUCGGUGCCCAUUUGGACAGUGUCCAAGCCGGGCCAGGCAUUAACGAUGACGGAUCCGGCACGACCCUUAUUCUAGAGCUCUUCACAGCGUUACAAAGCUACCAAACAAACCUCAAAGUCCGCUUCGCCUGGUGGGGCGCCGAAGAGAACGGACUUGUGGGAUCUCGAUACUACACCGCCAACAUGGGCACCGCCAAUGUGACUAACCUCCUCGCCUACCUUAACUUCGACAUGGUAUCUAAAGGAUUCUUCGGUGUCUUCGAUGGAGACGGAUCUACCUAUGGCCUCGUUGGUCCAUCUGGAUCUGAAGUUAUCGAGAAGAUCUUCGUGGACGACCUGACCUCAAAGGGACUGUCAGUGACACCAGCCGCGUUCAGUGGUGGCAGCGAUUAUGCGAGUUUCUUGGACAACUUGAAGAAACCAGUUGGUGGUCUCUUCACUGGAACUGGGGAAGCAGAAGAUCCAUGUUAUCACCAAGCAUGUGAUACCUAUGCAAAUCCAAACUCGACUGUUCUGGCUAUCAAUGCAAAGACUGCAGCACAUGUUUUAGCUACCCUCGCUCUUAAUGGUAAAAGACUUAUUCCCAAAGCACCAGUCGCCAGAAGUGAGACUAUUGGAGAAACGCAGCUCUUUGCUCCAAGAGGGCUGGAGUGGACCGACACAGCUGAUCUCGAGGGACAAGAAGGGCAUGCUGGAAGUUGCGGUCACGAUGUCUAG